AUGCUUUUUUCGGCAAAUGCAGCCACCGUCUCCAGUUCGGUGCUCCACACUGCCCUAUACAUAUGGGCCACAGCACAGGUUCAUGGCCGCAGCGCAGUGGACCUUUGGUUGCUUGUGUCCCACUUGUCCUUGCAGGUCUUGGUGUGCAACAUGGUCCCUUUCAUGCUGGAGCAGACUCUGCGGGAAUGUAUCGAGGCAUCCUUUCAGUCGCAAGACUCGGACUCCUUGAUUGAUGGCUUUCGGCAGAUGCUGAAGGGGAUCUGUGAUGGAGAGCUGCUUCUGGACGGCGACUUCAAGAUCUGCGGCAGCGCGCCGUGCCUGCAACGGCUCCUGUCAAGCAGGGACGACUUUGCCGGGCGCAGCUUUCGGGAGCUUAUCGGCGAUGACGAAGCGAGGAAGACAUUUGAUCGCUUUCUGGCCAAAGCUGCACUGCCAAAGGAGGCCACGCCGGGAUGCCUGCGUGUCCCUCUGAAGACUGCUUCAACGCAGAUCGUCUCCGUGGACAUGUUCCACGUUCCGCUUCCGCACAACCUCUACGGUUUGAAUACCAUCCACCAUCUGCUGGCCCUUACAGAAGAUGUCCACGCAACGGUGCAGCCAGAGGCCGACCCGGCGACCCAGAACGUUUGGGAAAGCAGACGUCCGGUUGCCGGCGCGCCAGCAUCUGCAGCAAGUACAGACACCCACGUGGAAUGCUACGAGGAGCUGACGGAGAUGACGCUUCUGCUGAACACCAGCACGGAGCUCAUGGACAUCGAAGAAGCCCAUCUGCGCUUCGUUCGCAGGACCGACGACUCCAAGGUCCGGAUGGGCAUGCCCACCCUGAAGCGCUUCGCCCGGCCGCUGGACUGGGCCGGACUUGAAGCGGCCCUGCGUGGCUACGCGCGACAGGUCCGGAGGUCCCAAGCCCACGGAGAAGAGGCUGGGCCCUUUCUCAGCCCACAGCGAUUACUAGCGUUAUUUUCAGGAUUGCUUCUACUAUUACUCUUAUGA